AUGCCAAGUUAUGUUAAAUUCUUGAAAGACAUCUUAAUCAAGAAGAGGAAAUUAGAAGAUUUUGAAAGAGUGGCACUUACUAAGGAGUGUAGCGCACUAAUUCAAAACAAGCUUCCGCCAAAACUUAAGGAUCCAAGGAGUUUUUCUAUCCCUUAUAUUGUUGGUGGAUUUAAAUUUACUAAAGCUUUAUGUGAUUUGGGUGCAAGUGUUUCAAUCAUGCCUUUGUCAAUUGCUAAAAAACUUGGACUUAAUGAGAUACAACCUACCACAGUUUCUUUGCAAUUAGCAGAUAGAACAAUCAAGUACCCUAUUGGGAUUAUUAAGGAUGUAUUGGUUAAAGUUGGGCAUCUCUACAUUUCGGUGGACUUCAUUGUGCUUGAGAUGGAAGAAGAUCUGGAAAUUCCUUUAAUCUUGGGACAACCAUUCUUGGCUACUGCAGGCAUAAUCAUUGAUCUUGAGAUUGUUGAUUAUACUGAUUCUGACUUUGCUGGUUGUCAAGAUGACAUGAAGUCCACCUCAGGGUAUAUUUUUAUGUUAGCUGAAGGAGCUGUUUCUUGGAAGAGUGUUAAACAAAAGUUCUUAACUUCCUCUACUAUGCAAGCUGAGUUUGUUACUUGUUAUGGGGCUGCCACGCAAGCUAUUUGGCUUAAAAAUCUUAUUUCUAGACUAUGUGUUGUUGAUUCCAUCUCUAGACCUCUUAAAAUUUAUAAUGAUAAUAGGUCUGUUGUGUUGUUCACUAAAAACAACAAAAGCACUAGUGGGUCCAAACAUUUAGAGAUAAAAUAUCUAAAGGUUAGGGAUUUUGUUAAAAAUGCUGACAUUGUUGUUGAGCACAUUGACAUUGACACUGACAACAUGUUGGUUGAUCCUUUGACUAAAGGGUUAAGACCUACAGUUUUUAGUAGACAUGUUGAAAGCAUGGGUAUUUUAGGGUCUCUUGAUGUACUUGAUUAG